AUGUCAGGAACAAAAUUUAGAACUGGUGGUACAAAAGAGGAUGAUUUAUUAGAAUUUGUUAAAGUUGGUAAAUUAUUAGAAGUUAAAGAUUUAAUCGAGAAUCAAGGUGUUAAAGCAGAUUGUAAGGAUGAAGAUGAAAGAACACCAUUACAUUGGGCAGCUGCAAAAGGUCAAAUAUCAGUAGCUCAAUAUUUAAUGGAUAAUUGUAAAUGUUCACCAAAUACAAAUGAUGAUGGUGGUUGGACACCUCUUACCAGUGCUACCUCUGCUGGUCAUACUCAUAUGGUUAAAUUAUUAUUAGAAUUUGGUGCUGAUCCAAACACUGUAAAUGAUUCAAAAAGAACUCCAUUACAUUAUGCAUCAUCAAAAGGUAGAUCAGAUAUUGUUGAUUUAUUAUUAACACAUGGAGCAAAGAAUAGAAAAGAUGAUACAGGAUCAGCACCAAUUCAUAGAGCUUCAUCAAAUGGUUCAGUUGCAACAGUUGAAAGAUUAUUAAAAGGUGAAGCAAAUAUAAAUUCAACAAAUAAUGAAGGUGAUACACCAUUACAUAUUGCUGCUGAAUACAAUCAUGAGGAUGUUGUUGAAUGUUUAUUGAAACAUGGUGCUGAUACAACAAUUGAAAAUAAAGAUAGUAAAACUCCAAUUGAUAUGUCAUCUUCUCAAACUAUUAAAUAUUUAAUUAAAGAAUUUAAAAAAUAA